AGGCAUUAUGGGACUUCUAGUUCUCAGUGGAGGACGGUUGGCUUGAUAACACCGCGAAGAACAAACCGAGACAUUUACCACCGAAAAUAAAAUAUCAGCAUAAGUAAGAGCUCCGCAUGCGUCGAGUCCGGAUAAAUUAAGGUGGAUUCAAUCGUCGUACGAAGAAAAGCGGCUUACUUUUGGUGAAAAAUAAACAGGAAGUUGUUAGCGUUGUGGGACGUGUAGUUCCGCUUGCAGGCCACUGAGCUUGAUAACAACGUAUAGAAUAAAGAAACAACAAUAAAAUAAGCUAAACUUCAUUUGAAGACCGUGCUUUUGGCCUCGUUGUUGACAUAAACAUGCCCGGGUUUACCUGCUGUGUUCCUGGGUGCUACAACAACUCGCACCGGGACCGGGACCUGCGCUUCUACACGUUUCCUAAAGACACCACGCUGAGGGAGCUGUGGCUGAGGAACAUCUCCCGGGCCGGGGUCAGCGGCUGCUUCAGCACCUUCCAACCCACCACAGGACACCGGGUCUGCAGCGUGCAUUUCGCCGGCGGGAGGAAGACCUACACCAUCCGAGUGCCGUCCCUCUUCCCUCUGCGUGGUGUAAACGAGCGCAGGAGUCGGCGGGGCAGAGGCAGGAAAGUGUCCGCGGCGGUUCCUGGCCCCGCCGCCGCAGCGACCUCCGGGAUUGUGCUCACCAACGCCCUGGGCAGCACGGCCGAAGGGGCCGAGGGUAACGCUGGCGGCGAGGCGAGCGACGACAGCAUCACCGUGGUGCAGAUAGGCCAGAACGGGGAGUACCUGGGCACGGCGCGGCUGCCCGCCCAGUCCGAGGGGACUUGUUACAGCGUCGGCAGCGACGAGCUGACCGCCGAAUAUUCAUCGGUCGAAAUCGCGCACCAGCCGCCCGCGCAGUACGUCAGUGUGACCAGCAGCCCGCUGGAGCACUCGUACUCUCUGACCACCGGCACCACGUCGGCCGAGCUGCUGCGGAAACUGAACGAGCAGCGGGACAUCAUCGCACUGAUGGAGGUGAAGAUGAAGGAGAUGAAGGCGACCAUCCGCCAGCUCCGGGUGUCCGAGGCCAAGCUGCAGGAGGAGGUGCGGGAGCGGGACCGGCUGCUGUACGGAAACUCGGCGGCUUUUAGCGUCCGGAAGAAAAUCUGAUGGGUGAACAUCACCGGAGACGACCCAUUACAGAGACUCAGACUAACGGAGAUGACACUGAGGAGUUUUGAAGUCCGCAGAUUAUGACCUAUUUUGUAUAAAACCACGAGCGAUGACAAUGUAUUUUCAAGUAGAGCUGGUUUUUCGUUGGUCUGUGGUGAAGACGAAGUUGGCUGGCUAGUUUAUGUAGCUUAGGCUAUACUAGCACCACCAUGGUUAACUACUUAGGAUCAUGCACAGUCCACUAUUGACAUACAGCUAAACCAAGAUAGCAUUGUAUUCAUUCAACCAAGACUCAAGUUUGCACUGACUUACAAUUUAGGCAGGCUUACACACUUCUAACCUGACUGAUGAGGAAAAUGCUCACAACUGCCUAGUUGCAUAGAAUGUUUUUGUCUUUAAGAUUUCUCUUCUAAUGUGUCUAUUUCCUUGCUUGUGAAUUUAAGUUAGGCGGCUGUUGCAAGAACCGCCUCGCUGUAGAUGUGCAGAGGUAAAGUAUGCCGAGAUGAAGCAUCUAGGAUGCAUUGUGAACAAGACACUAUUCUCGGCACACUUGCCAAUGAAAUGACUUUAUCUGAGUUGCCUUUUAAGUUGUUUUCCUUUUAUGUCUGUUGCUAAAGACAUUUGAUCAACAGAAAAUGGAAUUAAAGGAAUUCCUUAACACUUGAAGGGGACUCAAAAGAUGUAAUCUUAUCGGAGUGUGUUUCUUGAUGACAUGCAUUAAGUUUCAUUGCCUCAUCCUUUUCUUGGGUUUUUAGAAAAUCUUAAGAGAAGUACAAAUACUUCAGAUACUUUAUGCAACUAUAGUACAUGUCUGUCUGCGAAGGGUCUGUGAAACAGCGCCUGCUUGUUUCAGUGUGAUUCAUUGGAUGUUUCUCCUCACAUGUUUAGUGGCUACAUUUCUCUGUCCUGUACACCAGUGUUUUAUACACAGUUGCAUACAUUUCUGAUUUUUGAACUUGGUCUGACGGCUAUGCUCUCAUUUUGAAGUAAAUUUCAUUUCAAAAUAGUGCUGAUUUCCACUGAAUAAUUUCUCAGUUCCUGAAAUGUUUUCCUGAUUUGAUCCCAGUCACAGUUACAAAGUGAUGAGUCAGAAGGUCCCGGAGUAUUUUUUUAUUGCUUUUACCUUCAAGUUGAGAGCUCGUAGCUCAACCCAAAUGGGUCGCAGUCAUCUGUCUUGGGCUCUUGUUUGGACUUUUUCUUAGGAAAGAAGAGCAGAUUUUUCAGUAAUUUAAGUUUUGGGAUUAUUUAUUUCCAGCUGUGUUGAGCAUCAUAUUAAAUCCCAAAUCAUAAACACUCAAAUCUCAGGGUUGCUGCCCUCUUGGGUGACCUGGUGCUGAAAGCCUCACUCAACAUGUAGCGACUCCGUCAGUGUUAAGAGAGUGUCCUGAUAAAGAUAUUGCCUUAUUAAGAUGAAUGUGAUCGAUGUGAUGAAGUGUGCAACCCAUCAACUUGUACUUGGAAUUAUUUGUUGAGAUACAACAAAAAGGCACUGAUACUCCUGUUCAUGUUUGUGUUAAUAUUGUAAAUUAGGGUCAUUAUGGAUUUAUGCAGGGAUCACAAUAGCAGAUCAAUGAAUUGGUUAGGCCGUAAAAAAUAUCCAAUAAUCAGGAAAAGUGGCCAUUAUGAGACACCAGAGGAUACAAAUGUGUCCUCUGAUUUCUUCCAUUGGUCAACAGUUACAAAAGAAAAUGACAGGUAGUUUAUUGAAGCAGCAAAUCCUCACAUUUGAAAAACCACAUCCAAGUGAUCACCUUAUCUAACUAUGAUUUCACCGCUUUAGUUUCAGUGAGUGCACCACUACAGUGUCUGGUUGUUUUUGUUUAUUUCCUUGAUUUUUUUCAUAGGUUGAUAGGAGACAAUAACGGCUGGUAAAGUGUGUCGGAUGUUACAGCGUGACUUUCUCCCUCUAGAUGGCGGUGGCAUAAAAGCUUGAAGAGCAGGAGGUUUAGCUCCCGUCUGUACGGCCUAAUUCAUCUGUUUGUGUGUGUGGUGGCAGCUUUGGAUGGUCAUUUGCUUCAUUGUCACUCCUAUUAAAGCAGUGAAAUGUUGAAUGUCUUCAUGUGAUUGUAAAGCUGUUACUCAACGCAAAUUUAAAAUCCGGCAUUUUGAACACCUGCUGUGUUAAUGCAUCGCAUGAAACGGAGAAAGAGGGAGAGCCGGAUGAAUGGACAGACAGAGAGCGAGGAUCCAGAUCCUAAUCUCAUCUGGAUUUUUUUUUUUUUUUUUUACUCCCAACAGUGUUGCAUAAUGCCUUAAUCCAGCGCUGUCGAUCAAACUUACUCACUCUAUCUUCCUUUUCAAUGGCCGCUGCCAUUCACCAAACAGUCUUUACAUUCUAACUGCAGUGUAUGCAAUAUGUAAUCCUGAAGCCCGGUGUUUUGACAUCGGACUGCAUAAGCCGGACAGCCGUGGUUGCCACUGUAUAAAAUCUAAUUUCUUCUGAUUCCUUUCUAUCUAAAGACUUAAGCCUUCUGAUUGUCUGCUGUAGAAACCAUCAGACCCACAGUCUGUCGUAGGAUAAUUUUUUAGUUUACAAUGAUCACAAUACACACAUUAUUGUUGAACCACGUAGAACAGCACGAGCUGCCGCGUUUAAAGGGUUGUCGUAUCUGUCCUGAUUAAUACCGUUUACACUAAAGUUAAUGAAGCGUUCAGGUCGCGCUAGGCUUGGGCCUUUCUUAUUACGUCAUCAGAUAGUUACAGAUUUCAAUCAAAAUGCUGCAUGUUGCAGUGUUCAUAUUUUAUUUAGAUACAGUUAUUGUACAGUUGCUUGUGUUCAGGCAAUAUCUAAAAAAUAGCUUCCUUUAUUUUUGAUGCUGUAUCACUGAAACUGUCCAGAUACACUUGAGGGACCUUGAUAUAUAUAUAUAUGUAUGAAUUUUAACAAUACAUCUAGCCCAAGCUAUAUUAUUAG